AUGGAUUUGAAAUUAAUUAAAAUUUGGAUUUUAUCAUUUUUCGUUGCACUUGGUUUUAUGCAUCAUUCGAAAACACGAAUGAUAUGUCAUGUUAUAUUUAUAUUAUUUUUAUAUAGUUUAAUUGUUUUAUUUGGUUUGGGAAAGCGUUUAUUAUUUGUAACAUCUGUUAAUCUACAGAAGCUACUAGGAAAUGAUAAAGUUGUUCUUAAACCAUGGACACCAAAAUGGAAAGAAGAAUUUGAAAAUGAAAAAUCUCGUUUAAAUAAAAUAAUUUCAUCAGAAUGGAAACAUAUUUUUCAUAAAGAACUUUCACCAGAUGGUCUUGUUCAUAUUGGUUCAACUUCGAUUGAAAAAAUUGCAUUAGCUAAACCAAUGCAUGAUGUAGCGAUUGCCAUAACAACAAAAUAUCUUCCUGUAAAUUUACGCGAAGAUUUAGAAAAAGCUGGAUAUAAAUAUGUUGGAGCUGCUCUACAUUCAAUAUCCUGUCAAGAUCACUGGUUUUUUAAUAUAACACCAAAAGAUCAAAUUGAUUCGAAAGGUCACGGAUUUGAUCUUCAUGUAGUAUUACCGCCGUCGCAUCAAUGGCUUCGAGACACUAUUCACUUUUCUCAAUAUUUAACGGAAAAUCAAAUAGAUCGAGAGAGAUAUGGAAAUUUGAAAAGUGAAAUUGCAAAAAUGGAUCCAACAAUGGCCUCUUAUGUGAGGAAAAAGCAGAAGCUUAUACACAUACUAUUUGAAAACUCACGACAAUGGGCUAAAAAUAAGUGA